UGCCCUGACCAACCCUCUUCCCCUCCUCCUCAAUGAAGUCGUUAACCGCAGGAUGAGCGGCGUCGGGCCCAAGUCGUUGUUCUUCCUCGGACUUCCGGACCUGAGCCAGUUGGUCUGCGUCACGCUGAGUCCGCAGGAGGAAGAGCAGCAGGAGCCCAGGACCAAUCAGAUCAAGACCUGCAGGGAGCUGGUGCUGCUGUACUCGGACAUCCUGGCCUGUCCUGCUCUGGACUCCAUCACUGACGUCACUGCAGUCAUGUCUGUCCACUUCCUGCAGCGCGGCGUCCUUCAGGCCUUUGCCAUCAGAAACCGUCUGCAGCUGGGCGGUCCUCACACGGCGUUUCCAGGCGACCUGCAGUGCUGCCUCUCUUACUCUCUGAUCAGCCGUUUGGCUCCCAGCUGGAACAAAGCAGGACUUUACCUGAUCUCAGGGGCAGACUUCCUGACCCGGCAAGGAAUGCUCAGCGCCGUCAGUCUGGAGAUGAACACCAGCGGCGAUCGGCUGAGCCUCAGCAUCGAAGCCAGCGCCGUCAGAACGCCGCCGCCAACGCUGGACAACCUUGGGCUGCCGGCGCCGGUCCUCCAGAGGUUCUGCAGCGACCCGGAAUUCAUCCUGGACCCGUCCUCCACUGGGGGACCCGUCUGGUGCCACGUCCUGCCUAGCAUGAAGAAGGGUCAGAUCAUCAGCAUCAGCCGCCAGCUGCCCAGAGACGGACCCUUCCGGACCUACGGAGACCUUCAGAACCACUGGAACCGCCUGUACGGCUACCGGCUGCCGGACCUGGAGGGGGGCGGAGUCUACUGCAGCGUCUACUUCAGACCGGUGGGAGAGAAAGUCUUCACUUACCCUCUCAGCUGUAUCCGCCUGCAGCCUGUGCAGCGCUGCCCCCGGGGCGACCUGCAGGGGGCGCUGGCCCGCUUCCUGGCCGACAGCAGCGAGCGGCUGCAGAGCGUGUGCGGCUUCCCGACCCGUCUGACCAGUAAACCCAGUUACCCCAUGGCCGGCCUGACCACCGCUGCCUCCAUGCAGGUUCUGAGUUCGGACCAGAUCAACCUGACCACCAGGCCGGUUCUGUCCCAGCCUGCGCCGUCCUCCCGGGCCGACCCGCCCGCCUGGGUCCCGCUCUCCCAGCAGGGCGGCGCUCUUCCAGGAAGCAGAUCUGGGAACUCGCUGUGGUACCGUCCGGAGGCCCGGUUCCCUUCGGCCCGGUUCCCUGCAGCCCGGUCCCCGUCAGCCCACCCGUCCUCCAGUCAGAACCAGCACCAGUCGGACCACUCCCGAUUCGUUUCCUCUUUCUUCCAACACUUCCAGCCGGCUUCAUCCCUCCCUCCUCUUCCUCAGCCCGGUCCGGUCCCAGUGAACCCGCCUCCCAAACUGGUUCCCAUCUUCAGGAACAACGACCCGACCUGCCGGCUCAGCGUGGCUCUGCUGCGAGUCCAGAAGCAGCAGAACCGAGGGAUGGAGGACAAACGCAGACUCACCCUGCCGCUUCCUGUUGGGUCACGAACCACACCUUCCUCUUCCUCUUCUUCCUUCUCCUCUUCCUCAGCUGCACCCCUCCCUCCUCCUCCUCUCAUCGUCCCCCGAUUCGCCCGCCGCCCUAAAAGCCGGAGCGCCGCCGUUCCUCAGUCGUCGGGUCAGUCCAGGGUCACCCGGAUCUCCAGCCUCAGCCCGGUGUUCAAGGCGAAAGCAGCCAUCAUCAUCCCACCCAGAACCAAACCCAGCAGAACCUCUGGGACGGUCCGACCCGAACGGGCCGCCGACCGCUGGAAGGCAGCGGGACCCGAAAGCAUCGCCCCCAGGAGCAUCAUGAAAACCAGCAGAGAGGCCGGCCCUGAAGGCAGCACCAAACCAGAACCAACCCUGCCGCACAGGGAGACCGCCAGCAGCAGGAAGACGGUCGGCUUCGAUCUGAAAGAGAAACACAACAAGUCCAAAGUUUCAGUGGAAGACGUGGAGAAAAUGGCCAGAAGCAACCAGUGGUCCGGCCUGAGCGGCCGCUCUCUACUGCUGUGGCUCAGGAACAGAGGAAUCCCUGUGAGCUCCAAGCUGAGGAAGGAGGAGCUGAUGAUGAAGGUGAUGAGCUGCCUGGCCGAGGCCUGAGCCGCCUGAUUGGACGGCGCCGCUGCACCACAGCCAAUCACAGAACGGUAAAAUCCUCCGGCGGCAGCAGCGUUCUCUGCUGCUGGAGGAAAGAUUUAAUGUUUUUUAUUUAAAAAGAACAUUUAUAUUAUUUCUGUUCUAACUUUUUAA